AACAUUGGAUAAAGAUACAUAACACAUCGAACAAUAAUAAUAAUAAUAACAAUAAUAAUAAUAAUAAUAACGUUGUAAUUCAUGAUCAGGGAGAGAUUUCACGAAGGCUUCUGAUGCACGGGAAGGCAGAUCAAGCACGUGAAGAGGAGCUGAUAGGAUUAACAUUAGUGCAGUGCCUGUCCGCUCGGCCAGUGGGGAGAGUGAUGUAGCCAUGCAGAUGUUCAGGAUUUUGCACUAUUUCUGUGUGAAACGUAAAGACUUCAAGACCCACAACAUGGGCUGUGGUGUGGAGAGCACCAACGCGGACUGGAUGGGCUCCUUGUGCCCCAUCCUCUCCUCCAUGCCCCUGAAGCACCUCGCAGUGCCAGGGUCGCACGAUUCCUUCAGCUUCUGGGUGGAUGAAAAAGCUCCUGUGGCUCCAGACCAGACAGCCGUGGUCAAACAUCUGGCAGUCAUCUUUCGCCUGCUGGCCAAGAAGGUGAUGAAGAAGUGGUCCAUGACCCAGAACCUGACCUUCCGCGAGCAGCUGGAGGGGGGCAUCCGCUACUUCGACCUGCGCGUGUCGUCCAAGCCGGGCGAGCCAGGCUAUGAAGUCUACUUCAUCCAUGGCCUCUACGGUCACCGGGUGCGGGACGGCCUUGGCGAGAUCAACCGCUUCCUUGGCCAACACCCCAAAGAGGUGGUCUUUCUGGACUUCAACCAUCACUACGCCAUGAGUGAGGACCACCACCGCUACCUGAUCGCCACGCUACAAGAGGUGUUUGGCCACAGGCUCUGCAAGGCCAAUGUUGUAGAGGAGAUCACGCUUGACUUCCUCUGGAGGAACGGGUACCAGGUCAUCGUGUUCUACCACCACCCCUGGGCAGAGAAGCGGCCAUUUCUCUGGCCAGGCAGUAAGAUCCCAGCUCCCUGGGCCAACACGGCCGAUGCUUACAAACUGAUCCAGUUCCUGGAGACCACCCUGGGGGAACGCGCUGAAUAUGGCUCCUUCCAUGUGUCCCAGGCCAUACUCACCCCUCGUGUGAAGACCAUCAUCUGGGGGCUCAUCCAGGGCCUUCGCGACCACUUAGUGGAGAGAAACCUCCCCACCAUCAUGACCUGGGUGGAGGCCCAGAAGCCAGGAAUCAACGGGGUCAACAUCAUCACCUCUGACUUUGUGGAACUGGUGGACUUUGCUUCAACUGUCAUCAGGCUGAAUGAGCUUCUGCUGCCCGACCUUCCAAUCACGUGACCCGGAAGCUGAAGCCUGUCGUCAUGGCUGCCCAGUGCUGCCGUGGAGCUGCUGGUGCCGAUGAUACUUGACAGCAAAUGUCUGAAGGCUGCGUGCUUCAGGUGUUAGGCAUGCGUCUGUCUGUAGGGUUACCAUAGUAACACAGGUCUGAUAGGUUCAGCCAAGCAGGCAGGCUCAGUACAGUGAAGCCUCAGCCUGGAUAAUAAUGAUCCGCAUAAUGAUCCGAACCAAACCUCCUGCACCGAAGCUCCACAGACUUUCAUGAAC